AUGAGAGAACACCAUCUCUUGCCCCCCUACCUGGUCGCCGCAGUUGAGGACUAUUUCCGGGACAGGCAGCUGAAGUUCCACGAUAAACGGAGACUCCAGCAGCGGAGGGAUAUGUCGUGCGGCGUUCCACAGGGGUGUUGGGCCCCCUACUUUGGAACGUCGCAUACGACUAUGUUCCGCGCGACCCUACCCCCCGACUGCCACGUCGUCUGCUACGCAGACGACAUGCUGGUGGUGGCCGGGGGCACGACUUGGAAGAAAGCCGUGGGAACGGCGAACGUCGCAGUGGCGUGUGUGGUCGGCUCCGUAAGGGAGUUGGGCCUGAGGGUGGCCCCCGCUAAAAUGGAAGCUCUGUUCUUCCACGACGGGAAGAGAGGGGUGCCCCCUCAGGCACAUAUCGUGGUGGACGAUGUCCGUGUCCCGGUGAGGCCCACUAUCAAGUACCUGGGCUUCACCGUGGAUGGUCGCUGGGGCUUCGUCGAACACUUCGACGAGCUAGCCCCGCGAUUGGGCCGCCGAGCAGACGCUCUGCUCGGCCUCAUGCCCAACCUUCGCGGUCCUAACGAGUCGGUCAGGCGGGCGUAUAUGCACGUCGUCCUGUCCGGGGCCCCGGUAUGGUGUGGGAAGGCCCUGGCCAGUCGCUGUAAGGAACCGACCGCGCGUUGUCGCCACUGCGACGAGGACCGGGACACCGCGCAGGAGGCCUGCCCGGCCUGGGCGGGCGAGCGCGAUGUCCUGGUCCGGGAGAUUGGGGAUGAUCUCUCCCUGCCGGCUGUUGUGAGGGCAAUAAUCGGCGGGGAGAGAGCUUGGAAGGCCUUCUCCUCCUUCUGCGAUCGUGUGAUGUCGCAGAAGGAGGAGGCUAAAAGGCAGAGGGAGUAG